GAUACAUACAUAAAGUGUUAAGGUGCGCGUAGUGUAAUGUAAAAGAUGUAUUGAAAGAUGGAAGUUUAGUACUCGUAAACUAAUUAUCCUGUGACCCAUUUAAAACUAGGUCAAUGGCAACAGCCUGGUACCGCAUCAGGCGUUCUUGAUCUGCUGAUUAACCGGGACUUUAAAUUCCUACGAUCUGCUGCAAGAUGGAUGCCCCGAGCUUUAAGGAAGUCGUCACCCUCUUACUGAAAGUGAUCUGGGAGUUCAUCCACGCCGGGUUCCGCCUUAUUGUCCCGUAUCCAAAGAAGAAUAUCAGCGGGGAGAUCGUCUUAGUGACGGGAUCUGCUCACGGCAUAGGGAGAGAACUAGCCUUGAGCUUCGCCCGCUACGGGGCCACCUUGGUGCUGUGGGACGUAAACAAGGAUGGAAAUGAGGCUACAGCUGAUGAGGUGCGCAAACAAGGAGGCACGGCUCACGCGUAUCUGUGUGACGUUAGCAACACUGAUGACGUAAAGCGUGUUGCUGAGAGGGUGAGGAGGGACGUGGGAGACGUCACAAUACUGGUGAACAAUGCAGGAAUACUGCAUGGGUUAGACCUCCUCCAACUAACUGAUCAACAAAUAAGAAAGACUAUAGAGAUUAACACUAUGGCACAUUUUUGGACUGUGAGGGAAUUUCUACCAAAAAUGCUUGAAUUUGACCAUGGUCAUAUAGUGACUAUAUCAUCAAUGUCUGGGUUUUAUGGGGCGUCUUACUUAGUGGAUUACAGCACCUCAAAGUAUGCCGUCCGAGGUUUCACAGAGGCCUUGGCGGAGGAGAUCAGGAGAUUGGGGAAGACACAGAUAAAAACAACGACAGUGUUCCCCAUGUUUGUGGACACAGGACUGGUAACAGGAAUUGAUCAGAGGUUUGAAAAACAAUUAACCCCACAGCAAGUGGCUAAAGCCACAGUCAGCGGAGUUCUGAGAAACAGAUUACACGUCUUUGUGCCUAGAAAAUGUGACUUCACUGCAAGAUUAAAAAUGUUCUUACCUACAAAAGUUAUUAAUUUACUCAUUGAUUUUGGAAACAGCAAAAUUCAGCUGCAAGAAAAAAAGUCAAAAUGACAUCACUAGCGGAGGUCGCAAUCAAGAUGAACGAAAAAUAACUGAGGGUAAAUGGAAGAUGAAAGCGAAUCUUUAAUGCGAUUUUUGUUAUCUGGAAUUGCCCAUUUACUUUUCAGUGUCAUGCUAGAUUCUUUACAUAUAACCUUUUAUUCUGAUUUUUUAAAGUAACUGCCCACUGAACUUAUUUAAUUGUUAUAUCACUUCAUAUCUAAGACAUUAUGUAUUUUAAUUUACCUUCAUGAUCAACGGUCUCCUUUUGUACAAAUUAAUUCAAUUAGGAAAAAAAGGAAAUUAAUUAUUUAAACGUGUUUUCGUAGACAAUCAAAGUCAUUUUCUAGUACAAGUUACAGCGCUUAUAUAACUAAAUUGAAAAAAAAAAAACAUCUGUGCAAUAACUAGUAUGCGUGUAACGGUAUUUUUAAUUGAUUAAGUGACGGUACAUAAAAGUUUAUACUGAUCUACAAACUGUCACAAACUUAUUUUAUGAUUUAAACAUUUGUAUAUUAUUUAUAUUAUAAAGCUGACAUAUGUAUAUUCACAAUAAAGAAUUUUGUAUUCA